AUGGACUCUGACAAUGAAGUUAAAGAGGAUCAUGCUGCAGGUCUAUACAAUGUCAUCACCAAAGAAGCGACACCUUGGAUCAGAUCAUCUUACUUAGCACAAGUAGAGAAAUUAUGUGACUUAUCGAAAGUAGAUGUAUAUCGUACUUAUGAAUUUGGAUUUUAUCCUACAACAAGGGAAUACAAAGUGAUUUGCAUGUGGAGCAUAUCUGGGUAUGAGCUUCCAAAAUUGGAAGGGUACAUGGAGUACACAAUAUACGAAGACGAAGAGGAGAAUUACAAAAUGUGCGAGGCCUUGACUCUAGGCAGCGACACUGCUUGGAGAAGGAUUGAUAAGGUACCACCGUCAGAUAAGUUCUCUAAAGAUCUAUAUGGUUCCGUUUAUGCGAAUGGUUCCAUAUAUUGGAUGUAUUACAAUGAUAUUCGUCCCAUGCUAGUGGCAUUUGAUGUCGGGAUAGAGGAUUACAGAGUUAUACCAGACCUUGAUAUGAUUGGUAUUGAUCGGCCUAACUCUUAUUAUCUUAUGGAAUUGGAUGGGCAUCUAGUUAUAGUAAAGAACCCAGAUAAUCACACUGUCAAUCUGUGGAUACUUGAUGACGACUGCGACAAAAAUACAAGUACUACAAAUACUAGUAACAUCAAAUGGACUAAAGAGAUUAUCAUGUUACCUAUUUGA